AUGGACGCGUCCACAGAGACAGUCCAGGGUCUGAGACAGUUCAUCAGUGAGAGACUCAUCGUUGCUGCCGCGGAGAUACUGGGGGUCUGCGAGACCACCCUCGCAAAGUACGAGGGGGAGAUCCACCGUCAGCGCAGGUUGUUGGACGUCAUCUGGAACCCGGAAGUCAAGCUGCACAGAACAGAGCUCCCACAGCAGGAGGAGCAGGUCUCUGAGGAGGAGAGGAGUCUGGACCAGGAGGAGAGGAGUCUAGACCAGGAGGAGAUGAGUCUGGACCAGGAGGAGAUGAGUCUAGACCAGGAGGAGAGGAGCCAGAGUCUGGACCAGGAGGGGAGGAGUCUAGACCAGGAGGAGAUGAGUCUGGACCAGGAGGAGAUGAGUCUAGACCAGGAGGUGAGGAGCCAGAGUCUGGACCAGGAGGGGCCAGAACAUCCGCAGGUGAAAGAGGAACAGGAGGAGAGGAGUCUGGACCAGGAGGAGCCAGAGCCUCCACAGGUGAAAGAGGAGCAGGAGGAGAGGAGUCAGAUUCUGGACCAGGAGGAGAGGAGCCGGAGUCUGGACCAGGAGGAGCCAGAGCCUCUGCAGGAGAGGAGCCUGAGUCUGGACCAGGACGAGAGGAGCCAGAGUCUGGACCAGGACGAGAGGAGCCAGAGUCUGGACCAGGAGGACCCAGAGCCUCCACAGGUGAAAGAGGACCAGGAGGAGAUCUGCUCCAGUGCGGAAGGAGAGCAGCUUGUUCUGAAGCUGGAGGAGGAUGAGGAGAACUUGCAGCUUGUUUCGAACAAGGAGCAUGAUCAGGACAAGGUCUUGUUGAAUCCUACUUCCGAGGAGAGACCCCUCAGGGAACCAGAACCAAACCAGGACCAGCUCCUCCCUCUGGACUCUCCUGCAGCCCAGAGCCAAGAUCUCAAUCAAAGCACGCGUGAAAACUCAAGAUCAACUUCAGAUAAGAAGCGUCACGUCCUCGAGAGGCGGGCGAAGAGCGAAAGGCAAAACCACGACCUCACCGUGUCGAAGAUUUCCUCGAUUAUCUUCAACCAUAAAAAUGAUUUCAAGUGCGACACGUGUGGCAAAGUCUUUAAAUGGAAAUCACGAUUGAUAAAACACGCCAAAGUCCACACAGACGAGCAGCCGUUCUCCUGCAAAACAUGUGGGAAACUGUUCAAACACAAGAAAAGCGUGGAGUUCCACAUGAGAGCGCACACGGGCGAGAAGCCUUUCUCUUGCAAAACGUCCUCACUGCAGCACCCAGGGUCCGACUCCAGUUCUGAUCACACUGCCUUGCUCAAAAGCAACUGA